CGAGCUAAAAACUGUCAAAGUGUCAUUGAUGAAUUCUGAACUAGAACAUGUGAAUGCAUCAUCGAUGAAAUCUGAAUUAAAAGAUGCAAGUGCAUUAUUGAUGAGUUCUGAAUUAAAAGACGUGAGAGCAUCAGAACAAUCAAAUGGAUCUCCUAGUCAUGUGGACAACAGCAGACUUCUCAAGUACACUUUCCAGAGGAAGCGCAAGAAUUCCUCAAGGAAUCCUGGUGAAGAGAUCACUGCUAAGAGGAGGAUGGAAGAGAAAGAAUGUGUUGCACAACAGCCACAAACGACAGAUGAAUUAUCUAGGGACAGCCGGCGACUGGCUCAGGUUGCUCGACAGCUCAUAUCAUUGUCUGGGAAGAGAUGGGAUUAAGAACCACGAUCAGAGGUAGUUUUCGAAGGAUGUUUUUUGACAAAAAUUGACGGACAAUUGGCUGCAUAGCAUCAGGGGAGAAAGAGGGAAAGAGAGAGGCGGCAAGAGAGAUUUAUAAAUAUGCAGUAAUGUCCGUUAAUUCUCAGUUUUUCAAUACUAUUUUUACAAAUCAAUUCCUCUCAAAACUUCUUCCAAGAUGCCUCCAAACAUUUAUCGUCUGCGAUUUUCAGUAAGCAUAUUGCAAGCUGACGCUUAGAAUC